AUGGCGGCCGCUGUGAUGGCGCCCAAGGUUCUUCCUCGGGAGUGCCUCCCCCGGCGCAGCCCCACCGGCGGCUUUGAGCCGAUCACAGUCUAUGUACGUGUGGAUGGGGACGGGAACUACCUCCUCAGGCAUCCGUACCUGAAGGGUGGGCGGGCGUGCCGAGACCUCGAGGAUCUUAAGGACGCAGUCCGUGCAUUCUACACCGGCAAGUACAUCUCCGCUCAUCGCCGGAACAGGCGUCGGUCUCCGCCGCCGUCUUCAACCGACGAAAUAUUCCAGUUCGAGUUCGUGGUGGACCGUGCCGAACCUGCAGAUGUGUCUUCGUCCCUCAAGGAGUCGCUCAAGGCUACAACACUGGAGGAGAAAUCAUUUUCCUCUCUUAUGGCCGCCUCACCAUCAUCAGGGGUCUCACCUCCUGGUCCUGGGUCACGCAUUUGGCAACGAGAACGACAUGGCUGGGGGUUCGGAUAUUACAUCAGGCUUGAUCUUGGGGGAUCUUUCCACACGUAUCCAUAUGCCGGUGGGCCGUUUCAGAGCUUAGAGGAAGUUGACAAGGCUAUGGAUAGCUACUUUCAUCAACAUCGAGAUCCAAAACUGUUAAUGAAUCAAGGCGGGGUUCCUUCACUAGAGAUUUCUAUAGAAAAAGCUCUGUAUUGGCCUGAUGGCAGAAGAAAGAAGCGUUCGAGGUCGUAUAUGAUCCAGCAAGUUCAUAAUCGAAUGCGCCGAUUACUUCAAGCUUUGGUGGACAAGCAUAAUGAGGAUCAUAGUCUUUUGGGGGAUCUUGCAUAUGAACUUAAAGAUGUUGUGCACUGCAAAACAAUUUUUGAGACGCGUACAAACUACUAUCAUCUCAAUUUUACUAUGACUAAAGAAGCUGGUGAUUCUAACUGUGGCAACGAAAACCUUUUCUUUGCGGAAGUCAAAUGUGUGCGACAAGGAAAAGAAGAGGAAAUGUUGGUCAGUUGUUUCCGCGUGGUUGAAUCUACCAAUAAUGGACACUGCUAUGGUUGUACCAAGGAUGGGGAUGUCAAUAUGAAGCACCCCAACAGUGCGGGUGAAUACCUUGCUGGUCACUUGAAGGUGGGUUCACCCUUUGGACAUUGUUAUGUAGGCUGGAGCAGCGACUCGGACGAUGAAGAUAUGGAAGCUAAGAAAGAAAAGAUAAGAUAUAGUUUGACGGGCGUUGCUGAUCCAAAGUGUAUGAAGAUGUUCACGCUGCCUCCGAGUGCUUUCGACGACGAAGAUGACUAA